AUGCAACUCGAGGUCACCGAUGCUUUGACGCAAGCGGAGUCUGACGACGACGUUCGGGUGGUGAUUAUCACCGGCGCUGGGCGCGCGUUCUGCGCGGGCGGCGACCUGAACGAUUUGGGCGGCUCAUCGGAUGUCCCAGCACCCGGCAAAUGCACAUCCCACCUUGGCUUUGGUUUAGGGGUGCAGCGCUGCGAAAAACCGGUUAUCGCCAUGGUGAACGGAGUGGCCACCGGCGCUGGCCUGGACCUGGCCUGCGCCUGCGACAUCCGUAUUGGCACCGCCCGCUCCCGGUUCAUGUCAGCCUACGUUCGCAUCGGAUUGUUCCCCGGGUUUGGCGGCACCUGGCUCUAUCCGCGCACGCUGGGCAGCUUGGGGCGCGCCGCCGAGAUGCUGUUCACUGGCGAUUUCCUGGAGGCCGACGAGGCAUACCGGCUGGGCUUCCUGAACCGGCUGGUCGAUGAAGAAGAGCUGGAGUCCACCACAAUAUCGAUGGCGGAACGCAUCGCCGCCGGCCCGCCGAUCGCCAUUCGACUCUCCAAGCUGAUGCUGUACAAGGGUCUGGAGUUCGACCUGGAAACCGCCAUGAAGAUGGCAGCCGCCGGCGAGACCAUCACCCUCACUUCUCAAGACCAUGUUGAAGGCGUAACAGCAUUCCGUCAGAAGCGGGCCGCAGAGUACAGAGAUCAAUAG